AUGUUUUCCUUUAUGAAAAGCUCGCGGAAGUCAGCCGCCAAGCUGCUCACGACUUUCAUUUCUCUCAGUACAUUCUUCAUGGCAUACAAAGCAUUGACCGUCAUUUCCGGAACCGCCAACCCGUUGACCGUCGUACUGAGCGGCUCCAUGGAGCCUGCAUUCGCUCGCGGGGAUCUUCUCAUCAUAUGGGGCACCUCAUCUCCCGCCGUCGGUGACGUCGUCGUCUACAACGUGGAUAACAUGCCCUUCCCCAUCGUCCAUCGCGUUAUCGGGACGUUCGUCGAUGAAGGACAACCCAAGCUCCUCACCAAGGGCGACAACAACAACGUCGACGACACUGGCUUGUAUCCAGCAGGCCAGGAUUAUCUGUCUCCAGAUGCGGUUGCUGGAAGGGUGGUCGGCAUGAUUCCCUUCGUGGGACAUAUCACUGUGGCGAUGUCCGACUACCCUUGGCUGAGAAUGGUUCUUUUUGGUUUUAUCGCCCUGUACACUUUGCUUCAAGAAGGAAAGGACGACUCCUGCAAAGUGUGCUCGGAUCGGGUCGAGUCUGGCGAUGCCGAGGGGCCUUCUUCUCUGGAGGAACUACCUGCGCACACCGCUGAGGACAGCUGCUGUGCUUCAGAUGAGCACAAGCCAGAAGACCCCCGUGUGGUCAUUGGUGGAGAGGCUGUUUUCAUCACGGAAUCAACCGAUUUGUCUCAGCUCACGGAAUCGGAUUGA